AUGGGGCAAUUUUGUCAUUCAAGUUCUUCAAGUUGGUGGAUUUUGCGAAGACUUCUGUUGCCAUCUCUGCUUGCUGGGAAGAAGAACCAGCUUCUCAAACAGAAUGAAAUUUCUUCAACAACAUCUCCUAAUUCAAUUGGUUCCACACAAUUUCCUAAAUGUGCAGAAUUAUGGUUACUUAUAGACGGCUCCCUGCCUCUAUUCUGGGGUUAUAACUCAAAUAUGGCUUCUCCGAUGGUGGUUUUGUUAGAGGUUGUCCGCGUCAAACUUGUUGCAAUGGAUGAUGGAAUAAGAAAUGGUGGUCAGAUGGAUGGUUGGGAUGUGCUUGAUGGAGGUUUCUUUAAUGCCAUCAUGACCUUACCGCAAAACUACCCACAGUCCGCCAACAUUUAUCCUGACGGAAAAGUUUGCAUUUCAAUUCUUCAUCCUCCCGGUGACGACCCAAACGUCUAUGAGCUUGCUAGUGAGCGCUGGUCUGCUGUCCAUACGUUCAAGAGACCCUCUCUAGCUCUCAGAAUCUCUGUCCAAGUUUGA